ACUGUUGACUGUUGAGUGUUGAGAGCUUCAGAGUUGAGAAUAAUCCAGACUUGAUUGAGCAGAUCAAAAAAAAAUCUAGACUUGAUUGAGACCCCUAACUUACAGUCUUCUUUAUUACUGUAGUAGUAAUCCUCCACAAAUGAUUUUUCAUCUGCAUGCAUUUGACCAUCAUUUCUAUGGCCGAUCCUCACCAUCUACUCGCACAACCAUCUAACCCGCAAACUCAAAUUCAAAACCAAGCCCAAACCCAUCUUCUAACCACCACAGACCCAUCCCAACCAGAAACCCAACAAAACCCAGAAGAAUCUUCUGAUUCCGAUCCCCACCUGGACAAAAUCCUUCAGAAGCUGGAAUUGUUUCUCACUCUUCUGGGUUUCGACCAGUCCUCGGCCCUGAGGUUCGGGGCGUCGUGGAUCGCGUUUCUCCUGAUCGUCGUCGCGCUCCCGCUGGCUGUGCUCGAGCUGUUGGACUGCUCGGAUUGCGAGAAGUACCAGAUCCAGGUAUUCGAGGUGGAGAUAGUGGCGUUGCAGGCAUGUUUGGCCGCCGUUUCUCUGCUUUGUCUCUCUCACAAUCUGCGCAAUUAUGGGAUAAGGAAAUUUCUGUUUGUUGAUCGGUGUAGUGGUCACAUGGCUCGGUUUAGCGACCAGUACAUUCAGAAAAUUUCGGAUUCUUUCCGCAUGCUUGUACUAUGGGUACUGUCGUGUUUCAUUUUGAAGACUGCACGUGAAGUCACCCGUAUGUUAUACAUGCCUCAUGAUUCAUGGUGGUUGCCUGUUGCUAUUUUAUUGGCUUUGAUCGUAUCAUGGACGUACGCGACUUCAAUCUAUUUAUCAGCUUGCAUUUUAUUCUAUUUGGUCUGCAAUUUGCAAAUUAUCCACUUCGAGGAUUAUGGGAAGACCUUGGAAAGAGAAUCUGACGUCAUGGUAUUCAUAGAGGAGCACAUUCGGCUGCGGCAUCACCUCUCUAAAAUAAGCCAUAGGUUCAGGAUAUAUCUUCUUCUGGUGUUCGUAGUCGUCACAGCAGGCCUGGUUGUGACCCUAUUCCUCACCACAGGAUAUGCUGGACUAAUUAAUUUAAUAAACGGAGGUGAUUUUGUUGUCUCAUCACUUCUUCAGGUUGCUGGAAUAACUCUUUGCUUGGGUGCUGCAGCCAAAAUUUCCCAUAGGGCACAGGGGAUUGCAUCGCUAGCAAGUAGAUGGCAUGCAACGGUGACAUGCAGUUCUGCUGAUGCAUCUCAAAUAAGAAUAUCAAGUAGCAUGGGGAACUUGGGUAUUGCCAGUACAUUGGGGUCAGUGUUUACAAAUAACUCGGAAAGUGAUUUGGGGUCGCUGGAACAUAUUGCAAUGCCUAGAAUUACACAUUUGGAUUCCUAUAUGUCUUCAUACCUCAAGAGACAAGCCUUUGUGCUGUACUUGCAGAUGAAUCCUGGCGGAAUCACUAUAUUCGGGUUGACAGUUGACCGCGGUCUUAUCAAUACAAUCUUUUUCAUUGAACUCUCACUAGUUCUCUUUGUACUGGGGAAAACCGUAGUUUUCACUUCAUAAUGACCAAUUCCUCAUAUGCAUCAAAAGGUGAGAUCAUGGUUACUGCCAUGCAAUUUUUGUGGCUUGGGCAACCACUGAGUGAGGUAUCGACGAUAUCUUGUCAAAACAGUCUUAAGCUUCCACUUUUGGAUCAGUUCACAUUCUCAGAGAAAGAUGCUCCCGUUCGGUAUUGCCAUCCCUUCGGUAUUGAAGAGCCAGUGGAGGCCAUGAAGUGCUUUGAUGUCAAAAUGUGCGCUCAUAAAGACUCUUGAUGCAUGCGCACUGGGGACGUAAAAGUUGGGACAUGAUUUUGUAAAUGAUGUACACUAUGUUGUCGUCAAAACCAUGCGAGCUCGGAGAUGAUCCAUCCUUGAUUUCCACAUCCCACCAUUUUAUAUGCAUGAUCAAUUUUAUAUAUACGAAAAAAAGAGAUUGUGGAGUC